GGAGAGAAAAUGGCGGCGGAGCCGAGCAAGACCGAGAUUCAGACUCUAUUCAAGAGGCUCCGCGCGGUGCCGACCAACAAGGCGUGCUUCGACUGCGGCGCCAAGAACCCGAGCUGGGCCAGCAUCACGUACGGCGUGUUCCUGUGCAUCGACUGCUCCGGCGUGCACCGCUCUCUCGGCGUGCACCUCAGUUUCAUCAGGUCCACAGAAUUGGAUUCCAACUGGAACUGGUUCCAACUGCGGUGUAUGCAGGUCGGGGGCAACGCCAACGCGACGGCUUUCUUCCGCCAACACGGCUGUGCCACCAAUGAUGCCAAUAGCAAAUAUAACAGCCGGGCAGCCCAGACCUAUCGGGAGAAAAUCCGGCAGCUGGGGAGUGCUGCCCUUGCCAAGUAUGGCACUGAUCUUUGGAUAGACAAUAUGAACAGUGCCCCUGGCCAUUCCCCGGAAAAGAAAGACUCAGAUUUCUUCACAGAACAUACCCAGCCUUCGGCCUGGGAUGUGCCAGCCUCUGAGCCUCAAGCCCCUGAACAACCGCCAUCCCAACCCAUGGAGAGCAGUGUCCCCGAACAGCCUAAGCAGGGCCCCACAGCUGAUCUGCUCAGUACUUCUCCCAAAACUUCCCUAGAGUCCAUGUUUCUGUCAGCCCAAGGGUCUGUUCCUGCCAGAGAGUUGAAAUCCUCAAUUAUCGGCAAGAAGAAGCCAGCAGCAGCCAAGAAAGGGUUGGGUGCCAAGAAGGGGCUGGGUGCCCAGAAGGUAAGCAGCCAGAGCUUCAGUGAGAUUGAGCGACAGGCCCAGGUGGCCGAGAAGCUUCGGGAGCAGCAGGCGGCCGAGGCCAAGAAGCAGGCGGAAGAGUCAGUGGUCACUUCCAUGCGCCUGGCCUACCAGGAGUUGCAGAUUGACCGCAAGAAAGAGGAAAAGAAGCUACAGAGCUUGGAGGGACAGAAGCGGGAGCAGGCGGAGCGGCUGGGCAUGGGCCUGGUGUCCCGAAGCUCUGUCUCCCACUCGGUCCUGUCAGAGAUGCAGGUGAUCGAGCAGGAAACACCAGUGAGUGCCAAGUCCUCCCGCUCACAGCUGGACCUCUUUGAUGACACUGGUAGCUUUGCUUCUGGCCCCCCUAAAUACAAGGAUAACCCCUUCUCCCUGGGGGAUGGCUUUGCUUCCCGAUGGGACACAGAUGCCUCAUGGAGUGUGGACAGGCUGGAGGAAAAGGAGCCAGAGGUGACCAUCUCCAGCAUCCGGCCCAUCUCAGAAAGACCCACAAACCGCAGAGAGGUCGAGAGCCGGCCAUCGGCCGUGGAAUCCAACGAAGCCCGUCAGAAGUUUGCUGGAGCCAAAGCCAUCUCAUCAGACAUGUUCUUUGGGAGGGAAAUAGAUGCCGAGUAUGAAGCCCGGUCUCGGCUGCAGCAGCUCUCGGGCAGCAGCGCCAUCAGUUCUGCAGACCUCUUCGGGGAGGCGGAUGGAGCCCAUGGAGCAGGAGGGGUGUCUCUGGGGAAUGUGCUCCCUGCGGCCGACAUCGCCCAGUUCAAACAAGGAGUCAAGUCUGUGGCUGGCAAGAUGGCUGUCCUGGCCAACGGGGUGAUGAAUUCUCUGCAGGAUCGCUAUGGCUCCUACUGACCCCGGGUGGCUCAUGGCGGCGGCAGCAACAGCAAGAGAAACCUGUGUUCCCUGGAGUGGGGCCUCUAGCCCCCCCGAGUUGUGGGGGAUGUGUGUGCGUGUGUGCCUGUUCCCGAGGGGUGGCCCUGGGAAUGCAGGAUGAAGGGGAUGGUCUCCCCCUGGCCCCUUCUCCCUCCAGCCCUCUCAGAGCCUCACCUCCUGGGGGCCAGCUCAGUGUCCCCCUUCCCCCGCACUGCAGCUGUUGCCCCCCCGUGACCUGCUGUGCUGGGGAGGAUUUUCUUGUGUCUCCCAGAGCCGGGCUGACCCCCCUCUCCCUCCUGCCCCCUCCACCCUGAGGAAGGGAAGGUGCAAAGGCCCCGAGGCCUUUUUGAGAACGCAGGCUGUGUCCCUUUGGGCAGAGCUGCUCUCCUUGGGGCCAGAGGGAUGCUGGUGAGAGGCAGGCUGGGCUGGACAGAGGCCCCAGCAAGUGCCAGCCUCGAGGAGAUGGGCUGACCCCCAAGCGGCGGGAGGGCAGAGACCUUACUUUGAGCCUUCCAUAAAGGGCUAGAACCCAAUCCCGUUAUCUUGAGUACUCAGGUGGAGGCUCCCGGGAUGCCUCUCCUGUGCCCAUGCCACCCCGAUUUGCACUAAUCACUUCUGCCUUUGCGGGGGGAGGCUUGGCCUGUCACAGCUCUCCCCUCCUGGGCUGGGGUGUGCAGGGGCAGCAGGUCCUCCUGCUUCCCCCACCUCCAGCCCAGGAAGUGGCCAGGCAAGUGCCACGGCCUUUGGAAGCCAUGAAGCCCCACCACAGAGCCGCUUCUUGGUUCCUGUCCACUUUUCUGAGCUGUGGCCGGAGGGGCUGGGACAGGUGCCUCCUGGGAUCCGGGGCUUGGCGGGAAGCGUGAGCUUCCCCCCAGGCCUGGCCAGAUGCUGGGAGUGGAGGGACAGCGUCGGGGAAGGGAAAUGAGGUCUUGGGGUGCCAGCUGGGCUUUCCCCCCUCAGGGGACAGGAGGCUGCUGUUCUCCCCAGUGGGCCCUGUCCUGGGACUGCUGGGCCUGGCCAUGGAGGGCCAUGGUGCUGCUUGGCACCAUGGGACACUCCUCUUCCCGCCUUCCUCCAAAGGGACAUGACUUGCUUUAUGGACUGUUUGUAUUAUUUGGAAAAAAGUGGUGUCAAUAAAAGCCAAGCUGGGCCCCGGGCCCCUCUUUGGGCUGAACUGAA